AUGACAAAAACUGAAAAAGACAAGAUGCUUGCUGGAGAAGCGUUUGAUGGAUGGGAUCCUGAUUUGGUUACUGAACGUGACAGGGCGCGAGAACUCUUAUCACAAUACAAUAGUACAACUCCUAAAGACAUCGAACUUAGAAACCAAAUUUUAGAAAAGCUGGUUGUUAAAUCAGGCGUUGCGUAUAUCGAACCUAAUUUCCGUUGUGAUUAUGGGUAUAAUAUAAUUCUUGGCCGGAAUUUCUACGCCAACUUUGAUUGCGUAUUCCUUGAUGGUAACAAGAUUGAAAUCGGGGAUGAUGUUCAAUUGGGACCUGGUGUCCAUAUUUACACGGCCUCACACCCUUUGGAUCCAGAAGAAAGAGCAAAUGGUGUCGAAUUUGCGUUUCCUGUUAAGAUUGGAAGUAAUGUAUGGAUUGGGGGUCACUCCACUAUCCUUCCUGGGGUUACAAUUGGAAACAACUCUAUAAUUGGGGCUGGUAGUCUGGUUAAUAAAGACGUCCCAGCAAAUGUCGUUGUGGCGGGAAACCCAGCUAAAGUAAUUAAGGAAAUUCCUGUGAAGAACAAAUAA